AUGAGUGAUGUGGUAAGCGGGGUAGAGAGGAGACCUGUUGAGUCUUCAAUCCUUUGGAGAAGCAGCGAAGGAGGGAGAGGCAAAAAGAGAUGGAGAAAUGAAGAGGAGGGGGAGGAGGAGAAGGGGGGGGAGGAGGAGGAGGAGGAGGACGUUAAGGUUGAGCGAAAAGGGUUGAAAUUUGGGGUAGGUCAGGUGGGGCCAGGUGAAAGGGAGACCUUGGAAGGAGGUAUGGCAGCGAGGGAUGGGGUCAUGAGGAGAGAUGGUGGCAGUGGGUGUGGUGGUGGGCAUGGUCGGGGAAAGGGUGGUGAGAAUGGUGGUGGUGGUGGGAAUGCUGAGGGUAAUGGUGGAGGGAAGGGAGGCGGUAUGGUUGCUAGCAGUGGGAGUUGGCAUAGUGCAUGCAGUGGAGCAGCCUCAGGCAGCAGUGCAAGGAAGAAAAGACCCAAGACGCGUAAAGCCGCUGCGGAAGCAACUGUAGCCACCGCCAAAGACUCUGCUGCAACUAUGCAGAUUCCCUCAGAUGCUGGUGAAGCAAGCAGCAAAGGUGCAUGUGCUGACGCUUUCUCUAAUCAACCCACAAGUGGUGACUCAGCCCCGUCUUUCCAAUUCAAGCAGCCGGUCGGCAAGCGAGAAAAAAAGGACAAAAACCGGUACCGGGGGGUGCGGCAGCGGCAGUGUGGGAAGUGGGUGGCGGAGAUCCGAUUUCCCAAGAAGAAAUCCCGUGUAUGGCUUGGGACGUUCACCUUCCCGGAAGGAGCUGCCCGAGCGUACGAUCGGGCAGCGGUGAAACUGCGUGGGCCCCGAGCGUUGACGAAUUUUCCGGAUGAGUAUGAGAAUUGUUGGAAUGUGGCAGAAGAUGGGUUGUUGGGGUUUAAGGGAGUGGAGGGAGAUGAGGGAGUGGAGAAUGGGGAGACGGGGAAGGGUGAGGUGGGUAGUAAAGGGGACAGUGCGGCAGAUAGAGGGGAGGGAGGGAAGAGCGCGGAGAUAGAUACCUUUGGAGAGGGGGAGGAUGAGGGAAGGGGGAGUGGAAUGCAGAAGGCAGCACACGAGGGAGAGGGAGGGCGACGAGUGGAAGACAGAAAACAGGUGGGGGAGGAGGGUGAGGGGCAGGACAGGUGUGGAGUGAAGCAAUAA